AUGUCUUGCCGGCAUUUUAGUGUCGCCAAGAAUCCCGUGAGAAACACACAUAUAAUCUUCUUUCUCCUACUUGCAUGCAUUGCUUCUCAGAUGCAAUACCACUUGGGUGUUGCCUCGGGACAAUACUACCUUGAUGUGAAUCAAGGGAGAGUGAACUUGAAAAAGACAGUACCCACUUUUAAUGUUCUUCCCCUCCACGGUAGAGAAAAACAAAAAACAUGA